ACUGUCGCAUGCAUGUCGCAAGUUGACGUCACUUGCUGCCUAUAAACUGCGAAACAGGCGUGGGGGAGACUAUUGAAUUGAUAUAUGAAAUACAUGUUAUUGUAUUUUUGUUUAUCAAAGUCAAACAUCAAGCAAAAUAAUAGACUUGUCUAGGUAGAGAAGAACACAGUAAGCGCGACCAACGAGGAUGUUUAAAAAAUUUGAUGAGAAGGAAAAUGUUUCCAACUGUAUUCAGCUGAAGACCUCUGUAAUCAAAGGCAUCAAAAACCAGCUGUUGGACCAGUUUCCAGACAUUGAGUCAUGGCUCAACCAUAUCAUGCCAAAAAAGGACCCUGUCAAAAUAGUGAGAUGCCAUGAACACAUUGAAAUCUUGACGGUGAAUGGAGAAUUGCUCUUCUUCAGACAAAGAGAAGGCCCGUUCUACCCAACCCUCCGACUGCUGCAUAAGUACCCCUUUAUUCUUCCACACCAACAAGUAGACAAAGGGGCCAUCAAGUUUGUCUUAAGUGGAGCCAAUAUCAUGUGUCCUGGAUUGACGUCCCCAGGCGCCAAACUCUACCCCUCUGCCUCAGAAACAGUAGUUGCCAUAAUGGCGGAGGGCAAGCAACAUGCGCUUUGUGUCGGAGUCAUGAAGAUGUCUGCAGAAGACAUAGAGAAAGUCAACAAGGGAGUAGGAGUUGAAACUGUUCACUAUCUUAAUGAUGGACUGUGGCACAUGAAGACGUAUAAGUGAGAUGUCUUCACCAACCCCCCUGGACAACGUGAAGUUCUUGACAGCGAGGCUGCCAGUCGAUUGUUUACACCAAUGGACUUAGCUGUGUAACUAGCUGGAGGCUUUGAACCAAUCCCCAAUUAAUGCACAAAUAAAAACCUGCAUUCAA